AAUGAACGACGGUUUUGAACGCAGCACUUCUGGCUUCUAUGUACCUCCUCGUUUUAUCGCGAUAGGGCGACUCCUCGUCGGAGCUAACUCUAAGCAACAUGGCGGAAGAGGAGGUGGCCAAGCUGCAGAAGCAUCUGGCACUGCUCAGGCAGGAAUAUGUAAAAAUGCAGCAGAAGCUGGCGGACACUGAGAGACGCUGUGCAGUGCUUCAGGCGCAGACCUCUGGUCAGGGCUCCCCCAACUCAGCAGCCGCAGACACCUUCAUUAGUCGUCUGCUGGACAUCGUAGCUGACCUUUACCAGCAGGAACAGUACAGUGAUCUGGAAGUGAAGGUUGCAGAGAACAAGAUAUGUGCCCACAAGUUUGUGUUGGCUGCUCGCAGUGAUGUUUGGAGUUUGACAAAUCUGGCUUCCACCUCUGAACUGGACCUUUCUGAUUGCAAGCCUGAGGUUGCCAUGGCGAUGUUGCGCUGGGCAUACACUGAUGAGUUGGAACUUAGUGAGGAUGAUGCUUUUCUAAUAGACCUGAUGAAACUGGCUAACCGCUUCCAGCUCCAGUUACUUCGAGAAAGGUGUGAAAAGGGUGUAAUGUCCUCAGUAAAUGUAAGGAACUGUAUUCGCUUCUACCAAACAGCCGAGGAACUAAAUGCUACCACACUAAUGAAUUACUGUGGGGAAAUCAUAGCCAGUCACUGGGAUGAUCUGAGAAAAGAAGACUUCAGCACCAUGAGUGCCCAACUUUUGUACAAGAUGAUCAAAUCCAAAACAGAGUUUCCACUACACAAGGCCAUCAAAGUUGAGCGAGAAGAUGUGGUCUUCCUUUAUCUAAUUGAGAUGGAUGCACAAUUACCCGGCAAGCUGAAUGAGCUGGACAACAAUGGUGAUUUGGCAUUGGACCUGGCACUUUCACGUAAAUUAGAAAGCAUUGCCACCACUCUGGUCAACAACAAAGCUGAUGUGGAUAUGGUGGAUCAAAGUGGCUGGAGCCUCCUGCAUAAGGCCAUUCAAAGGGGUGAUAAAUUUGCAUCCGUCUUCCUAAUUCGCCACUUGGCUCAGGUAAAUGCCGCCACAGUUGGUGCGGUUGAAACUCCACUUCACCUGGUCUGCUCUUUCAGCCCCAAAAAACACACUGCAGAAGUAAUGGGUGGCAUGGCAGAAAUAGCUGAGGCCCUGCUUAAGACUGGAGCCAAUCCUAACAUGCAAAACAGCAAGGGCAGAACUCCCCUGCAUGAAGCUGUGUCAUCAGGAAAUGAGCCAGUGUUCAACCAGCUACUACAAUGCAAACAGCUUGACCUGGAGCUCAAGGACCACGAAGGCAGCACUGCUCUGUGGCUGGCACUGCAGUAUAUCACCGUAUCCUCUGAUACAUCUGUGAAUCCAUUUGACGUUGACGUUCCAGUAGAGAAUGGAACCUCAUUUGAUGAGAACAGCUUUGCAGCACAGCUCAUUCAGAGGGGAAGCAACCCUGAUGCACCAGACACAACCACAGGAAACUGUCUCAUGCAGAGAGCAGCUCGGGCAGGCAACGAAGCAGCUUCUCUCUUCUUAGCUACCCAUGCGGCAGAGGUCAACCAUGUCAACAAAUGGGGUGAGAGUCCGCUCCACACAGCAUGUCGCUUUGGCCUCGCCAGCUUGACUGCUGAACUUCUCCAGCAGGGGGCCAACCCAAACCUGCAGACCCAGAAGGAGCUGCCUGAUGACACACAUUGUGUGGCAAUGCAGACCCCUCUCCACAUGGCCAUUGCUCAUAACCACUCGGAUGUGGUGUCCGUCAUCCUUGAGCAGAAAGCCAAUGCACUUCAUGCUACCAACAACUUCCAGAUCAUUCCAGACUUCAGUCUAAAAGACUCCAUGGACCAGACGGUGCUUGGCCUUGCCCUCUGGACAGGUAUGCACACCAUAGCAGCUCAGCUGCUGGGCUCAGGUGCUUCCAUCAAUGACACUAUGUCCAAUGGAAAAACUCUGCUUCACAUGGCGAUUCAGAGACAGGACAGCAAGAGCGCUCUGUUUCUCCUGGAACACCAGGCAGACAUCAAUGUCAGGACUCAAGAGGGACAAACAGCACUACAGUUAGCCAUUAGUAAUCAGCUGCCCCUGGUGGUAGAUGCUAUUUGCACAAGAGGAGCAGAUAUGUCUGUAGUAAAUGACAAAGGAGACCCUCCACUCUGGCUGGCCCUUGAAAAUGGCCUCGAAGAUAUUGCAUCUACACUGGUCCGCCAUGGCUGUGAUGCUACCAGUUGGAGCAAAGGACCUUCUGGUUGCCAGCAGACCCUCCUGCACAGAGCUGUUGAUGAGAAUAAUGAGGUCUCUGCUUGUUUCCUCAUCCGCAGUGGGUGUGACGUAAACAGCCCACGGAGGCCUGGACCAAAUGGAGAAGGAGACGAGGAAGCAAGAGAUGGACAAACGCCACUCCACCUGGCAAGCAGUUGGGGCCUAGAAGAGGUGGUGCAGUGCCUUCUGGAGUUUGGCGCUAAUGUGAAUACACAGGAUGCAGAAGGAAGAGCGCCCAUCCAUGCUGCAAUUAGCAACCAGCACAACGUCAUCAUUCAGCUUCUCAUUUCCCAUCCUGACAUUCGUCUGAAUAUUCGUGACCGUCAAGGAAUGACCCCUUUUGCCUGUGCUAUGACGCAUAAAAACAAUAAAGCGGCAGAAGCCAUCCUCAAGAGGGAGCCAGGUGCUGCCGAACAGGUGGACAACAAAGGGCGCAAUUUUCUACACGUGGCUGUGCAAAAUUCAGAUAUUGAGAGUGUACUCUUCCUCAUCAGUGUUCAAGCAAAUGUCAAUUCCAGAGUUCAGGAUGCAGCCAAACUCACCCCUCUCCAUCUGGCUGUCCAGGCUGGAUCUGAGAUCAUAGUCCGCAACUUGCUGCUUGCUGGAGCCAAAGUAAAUGAGGUGACCAAACACAGACAGACAGCCCUACAUUUGGCUGCUCAACAGGACUUGGCCACUAUUUGUUCAGUCUUACUGGAGAAUGGAGUAGAUUUUGCUGCAGAAGAUGAAAAUGGAAAUAAUGCUCUGCAUCUGGCAGUGAUGCAAGGCCGCCUUAAUAAUGUCAGAGCCCUUCUCACAGAAUCCAAUAUUGAUGCAGAGGCAUUUAAUCUCAGGGGUCAGUCACCGAUGCAUGUACUUGGCCAUUAUGGGAAAGAAAAUGCUGCUGCCAUAUUUGAGUUGUUUUUGGAGUGUAUGCCUGAAUACCCUCUGGACAAACCAGACAACGAAGGGAACACAGUUCUGCUUCUUGCCUACAUGAAAGGCAAUGCAAAUCUAUGCCGUGCAAUUGUUAGGGCGGGAGCACGGCUUGGUGUCAAUAAUAAUCAGGGCAUCAACAUUUUCAACUACCAAGUUGCUACAAAACAGUUGCUCUUCCGCCUUCUAGAUAUGCUUUCCAAAGAGCCCCCAUGGUGUGAUGGGUCCAACUGCUAUGAAUGUGCUGCCAAGUUUGGUGUUACAACUAGGAAACAUCACUGCCGCCAUUGUGGGCGCCUCCUGUGUCACAAGUGCUCGAUAAAGGAGAUUCCCAUCAUCAAGUUUGACUUGAACAAGCCUGUGAGAGUGUGCGACAUCUGCUUUGAUGUAUUAACUCUGGGCGGGGUGUCAUAAUGUCAGCCAUCACGGAACCCCAACAUUAUCCUCUGAAAAUUGCCAUGCCAGGAUCAACUUGGCACAGAUAAUCAGGAAUACCAGGAGAAGUGACAUCAGUACCAGGACAAACCAGAAAUCCUGGAAUUCCUGGACAGUUAUGGAUCAUCGUCUUUAUACUAUUUCAGUAUAAAAACCAUUAUUGUUCUAGAGGGACUUUUCAAGUAGAAAGUGAAACAUUGUCUAAUUGUUUUUGUUUUGAUCAAAGAGUCUUUAAAAGUAGUUAUAAGCAGCCCUACAGUCUGAAGAGCCACAAUAAAUACAUUGAGUUCUUAUCACAGCAAACUCUGAGCAUUAAAAGCAGUUGUUAUUUUUUUUAAUUAACAAAUAUCUUCGCUUUUUUCUACAUUAGUUUAGGAUUGUAUAUGAUGCCUGCGGCUGUCAUUACAUUACAAAUCUGUAUGUGUCCGGUCCAUUGUUAAAAUGAUAUUUGAAAAUCAUCAACCAAAAAUAACAUUCCAUUUUUGACCUGCCUACAGAGGAUGUGAGAUGUUGUGAUCAUGGCCUUUCAUGUUGCCUGGAGUCAAGUUGUUAUCUUGACCCCAUGACCUUUAAUGCUUUUUGAUUUCUUAGCCUAACAGGUGCACUUUAUUGACGUCACAUAACAUUUCUGAUCAUUGGGGAGAAUGUGUAGUAGCCAUGUAGUGUGGCCACUUCAAGUAUUGUUAAAUUGUACAGAUAAAUGUGUGAUAUUUUUUGACCACUACAACUGUUUUGUACUUUAAUGCAGUUUGUGCUUGUCAUCGUGACAAACCUAAAUCUUGCCUCUGUUAAACUUUUAUGCACAUUGUUUAAUCUUUUAUGCACAUUGUAUUGUAUCUGUAUGCUCAGAUAUUUAGCCUGUUUCUUCCUGGUGUAUCCUUUUGGGAAAGGGAAGAAAACUUUACAUAAAGUUAAUCAAAAAAAGUU